AAGGGCCUUAAUACGGAGAGAUACCGUACAACGGCAAAGAUGUUCAACAACACUAUGUAAAGUUUUGAAAAAUUUCCUAAAAAGUAUAUACAAGACAAUAUAAUUAUUAACAACACAAAAGGACAAAUAUUAUAAUAAGACUAGCCAAUGGAGUGCUAGUUCUAGGUCACACUUGAAGAAGAAGAAAAGGACAACAUUGUGCGAGGUUAAGUUACUGUCGAAGACGUUUAAUUAUUACAUUAAUCAUGAAUUUUUUGACUAAAAGUGUGAUGAAUAUAGCAAGAACCUGUAUAGCAAGCUCCAUUCAAGGUAGCCAAACAAGUCUAACAAAACUCUGUAUAAACAAUUAUGUUCAAGGAAGCAUAUUGAGUACUGCAAAGAUAUGCAUGAAUACUGCAUUACAAGGUAUAGCGCAAAUCAGAUCAAAGACUUCCUUAUGGAGACUUCACAAUGUAGGUCCGCACAUAAAAACACAUUAUAGGAAAAAUCCCUUCGGAAACAAGCCGUUCAUGAAAGGCAUAAUUUUGAAAACUGUCAUUAAGAAACCAAAAAAACCUAAUUCUGCAAAUCGGAAAUGUGUGGUCGUGAAGUUAUCAAACGGCAAAGAGAUGACAGCAUAUGUGCCAGGGAUUGGCCACAAUCUGCAGGAACACAACAUCGUGCUCUGUAGAGUCGGACGGCUGCGAGAUACACCCGGUGUUAAUAUUAAAUGUGUGCGCGGCAAGUACGACUUGCCUCACGUAGCUAAGCGCGAAUAGUCCCUAGAGCGGCUGAUUAGCUGCCGUUAACGUUAAGUCUGCCUGUGUCAGAAAAUUAAUCGAACUUUAUGUAAAUAAAAAGCAUGGUUGAAUAUAUGUCAUUGUUACCCGGGCGUUUUGUUAAUCAUGCUCGAACCUG